CGAUUAGCUGAAAACUAUUGAUGAUCAUUUGUGCCCCAGCGUUAUUUUGAUGUGUUGACUUGACAGCUUGUGACCCCUAUUUGCCCCUAUGUUUGUUUGUUCCAUUGUUUCCGUCAACGUCAUCGUCAUAGGGGAUUCGACAAAUACUGGACCUAACGCUCCAUUUACCACCACCUUGAAAUUUAACAGAAACCACAAUGGCAACCUGCAGUGGAUGUACGUGCGCUAGCGAAUGCCCGGCUUGUGGCCCCUCAGGGACUGGCUGUGCUUGCCCAAAGAACCAAUGUAACUGCCAGAAAUGUGUCAACAGCGCGCAUUCUAAGACGUGCUCUUGCGCUGGUACAGGGGAAAAUUGUGAAUGUUCCAAGCAGGGUCAAGCAUGUGGUUGCGAGUCGAAGUGAUCCCUGUUGUUUGCAAUGAGCAGGAAGGAAGGAAACGCAGGUAUCUCUGUCUGGAAAAUAUAUAUCGCUUUCCUAUCUUUAUACGACGACAUGUAUGUUUAUCUCAGACUCCCAGCUGGCCGAGCCAACGAACGAAUGCGAGUAUGAGGCUUGCACGCGACUCCAAUUACGUACCCCACUGCCGCUUAGUGAGUAGUUCCCUGACUCAUUUUUGCGUUGUAAGAAACGGCAGACUACUUCCGC